AUGUCGAGAUUGGAAAUAUACUCUCCUGAGGGGUUACGUUUAGAUGGCCGUCGUUGGAAUGAACUAAGACGCUUUGAAUGCUCAAUAAAUACGCAUGCACAUGCGGCCGAUGGCUCAUCAUAUUUAGAACAAGGUAAUAACAAAAUAAUUACGCUAGUGAAAGGGCCCCAAGAACCUAGUAAUAAGUCUCAGGUAGAUACCGCAAAGGCACUCCUACGAGUUACGGUAAAUCUAACAAAAUUUUCAAAGAGUGAAAGAAGCAAAUCUAGUCAUAAAAAUGAAAGAAGAGUGCUGGAAAUGCAAACAGCAUUGGUACGCACAUUCAAUAGAAAUUUGAUGUUACACAUUUACCCAAGGACCUUGAUAGAUAUAGAAAUACAUGUCUUGCAACAAGAUGGUGGAAUUAUGGGAUCCCUUAUCAAUGGGAUCACUUUAGCUUUGAUCGAUGCAGGGAUUGCAAUGUACGAUUACAUCAGUGGCGUUUCUGUAGGUCUCUAUGAUGAGACUCCAUUAUUGGACACUAACACAUUAGAAGAGAAUGCUAUGAGUACAGUCACAUUAGGUGUAGUUGGAAAAUCUGAAAAAUUAUCAUUAUUAUUGGUGGAGGACAAGAUACCGUUAGAUAGAUUGGAAAGCGUAUUAGCAAUUGGCAUAGCCGGUUCUCAUAGAAUAAGAGAUUUGAUGGACAAAGAAUUAAGAAGACGUGCUGAAAAGAGAGUGGCAAGUGCAUUGGCUCGAUAA